AUGUACAGCUGUCGUAUCAACGAUAACAGCAGUAGACUGCCCGCCGUCGAGGAGGAGGCACCGCCGCCGCCCUACCUGGCGACAGACCUGCACUCAGCAUCAGAUGGCGGCCCUUGCACUCAAAUCACACACACCAUCGUCUCGUCCGGUCUGUCGCAGGAUUCUUCACCGACGACGACGGGCGUGUCCUUCUACACACCGCCCGACACUCCGCAAUCCGCUGUGGACCCGCAGCCGCACUCCGGCGCCACCCCGAACCAUGAUUACGAUUGCUGGGCAUAUUGGCCUGGACCUCCCGUUCCUCCGGCGGCCCCACCAAUCGAAUCACUAGCACCAGCAUGUGCCGUAUAUGACGAUGCGGGCGGCAGUUCGACGUCAGUCGGCAUCCCUCAACAGCUAGGCUGCGCGGCGCAGAGCGCGACGGCGCAGGUCGGAGAUGCCGCAGCCUUGGGCAGACAUGAUGCCUUUGUCGAUCCAAUUCGUUGCUGCGCCGUAGCUCAUACUUGUAGUUGCCAUGGGCUGGACGGCCGCGGACGAGGACGUCAUUUCGACCACAUGGCGAACCGCCCACGAUCUGGUUCGGUAGACUCGGUCAGCUCAACAUCUUCAGACUCUUCAGUGUCUUCCGUCGGAUCGUUUCCCGACUACGACGAUAUCAAGGAUCGGCAACUACCUCUCGUCGUCGCCCGCCUCCAAGAGUGGAUCUCUCGGCCGAAGCAGCAGUGCUCCAAGAGGGAGAUGAAGCAGUUCAAGCUGGAACUCGGAAGGGCCAAGCACUCCCCAAAGGGCCGCCAUAUAGGGCCCAGUAUUGAUAGGGAGUUGCUCAAAGUACAGGCCAAGAUGCUGCUUACCCAGUGGAAGCGUCUUCGGAAGGCACGCAGAAACGUCGAACGGGCUGAGAAGAAAAUAAGACGCGCCAGUCGCAAGGCGGAGAGGAGGGAGCGUAAGAGCAGCAGGAAAGAGAUGAAGAAAGCCCGUCGGGAGGUCAAAAGAAGCCGGUGCUGUGCGCCUCGUCGUCUUUCGGACACGUUGCCAGAUCUCGCAUCACCAUCACUGCCAGUCGCUCCUGCCGCGCAAGCUCGUGGAAGUUCGAGUGCUCCUGCCGGCUCAUUGCAUGCACCGCAUAUCUGCCGCAAAGGUGCUGGGAAGAAUAUCCGUUGCUAUGGUUGCCUGGAUUGGGACUCAGACACAUUCUACCCAGGUUGCAGCCUCGGUGAAUCGUCCGGAGACUCGCAAUGUCACGAUACCUUCAUUGCCUUAGGGACUAUGCACGAUAUCCACGACGGACGGGAGACGACGGAGGCGACUUUCCGCUCCAACGGCGAAUCGGUGGCCAAGCAUGAUAGCGCGGACGAGACCCCCCACAUGAUAAACAUGACCAGUUUCGUCGUCGACGGCGAGAUGAGGAGCACGGAGAAGGCACUGGAGGCGCUGACGGAGAACCUCGUGGAGAUGGGCGUCGACGACAAAGGGGUCUGUCCAGGCAAGUGA